AUGCUGGCGCACUUUUUCAUUCGACUUAGAAUCCUGCCUGAUGCUCAAAUAAUGCCGAGAAUUUUCCGCAGUAACUUGUUCUUCAUUCUUCUUGGAAUCGUCACAUUCUUAUUCUUGCGAGAAGUGAAACUCAACAUAGAUGCUGGUCCCGAAAAUGAUUACGAUCCGAUGGAUAAGCUCUCUGAUCUGGUGAAAAUUUCUUCAGGCCAUUCCGCUGAAAAGGAAACAAAAACAGAAGUCGUUGAAUCUGCAGGUAGCCCGGCGGUUGUGGAUUAUCCGGAUCAUGGGAAGGCACUGCGCGACGAAAGGCUGGAAAUUGUCCCACUGGAGGAGGUUUCAGAUGAUACUGUUUGGAUAAUCAAUGAGCCAGACGCCUGCAAGAACAAGUCGCCCACGAUGAUCCUCGGAGUUGCAGCUGCGGUUUACGCCUUCGAGCGCAGAGAAAUAAUCCGCCAAACUUGGGGAACGUACGCCAAAACAGAAGAUGUCAAGCUCCUCUUCUUCGUUGGCGACAACGGCGAUCCAAAUGUUAACGAGCACCUCAGAAAAGAGGCCGUCGAGAACCAAGAUAUUAUUCAAGAGAACUACGUGGAAUCAUACUGGAACUUGACAAGAAAAACAAUUGGUCAGCUGAAAUGGACGAAAGAGUUCUGCCCGGGUGCAAAGAUUUUGGCUCACUUGGACGAUGACGUGUUCAUAGACGUUCCAAAAGUCAUAAAUGCGCUAACAGUAGAUCAGGGAUUCACGUCGAAACCGGACUGGGUAGCUUGCAUGUGGAAGAUGCCCGGUGCCCCAGUCAGAAGAACAGGCAAAUACGCAGUAACCAAAGAGGAGUACGAGCCAGAAAGAUACCCGAGUUCGUGCAAUGGCCCUUGCUACUUCAUAUCUGACGUUGCCAACGAGAAGCUCGUUGAAGAGUCCUACAAGCACGAGGAAUUCAAGCUUGAGGAUAUGUACGUCACCGGAGUUCUGAGGGACGAAAAUAGCAUUCCCAUUUUCGGCAUUCCAAAAGGGCAGUUUCUCUGUCAACAUUUAGGCAAGAAAAAUCUCAUGCACUCAGACGUUGUUUACAAAGAAGAAACAGUCGAAGAGCGAAUGUGGAAAGCCUGGGAGCUCUACGGCCCAGGCGGCGAACUCAACUAA